UUUAAAGGGUCGUCAGACAUACCCAACCGCAUUAUAAUUCUCAGUCACACUUUCAAAUCUUAUUUUUUUUUCUACUAUCUUUUUCAUCAUUAUACCUUCCUGUCUACGGGAAGAAAUUAGAAUAAACAAAACCCCAUGUCUGCUUUUGAACUUUUCCCACUUUCUUCUCAUUAAAAUAUGCCUUGGUUUUUUUCUCCCAUUUCAGAGAACCCAUGUCAGAUCCCAAGUUUCCACUGAAAUUUUCCAUGCAUUUUUCACCCUUUUUUUCAAAUCUGAUCAAGACCCACCUCCCAAAAAUGCAAAUCCUGAAAUGGGUUUCCCAGCUCUUGCUCAUGUUCUUCUUCUUCAGUUUGUUCUCAGAUUGUCAAGCUCAAACAAACCCUGUUUGCUCUGAAUCAGAUAGAGCUUCUCUUCUCAGCUUCAAAGCCAGAAUUUUGAAAGACACGACAGACACGCUCUCCACAUGGAUUGGAAAAGAUUGCUGUGGAGGUGGUUGGGAAGGUGUUCAGUGUAAUUCAGCUGGAAGAGUUACUGCUUUGCAGAUUCAGAGACCAGAUAAAGACAUUGAGCUUUACAUGAAAGGCACACUUUCACCUUCUCUUGGUGAUAUGCAUUUCUUGGAGGUUUUGAUAAUAAGUGGUAUGAAAGAAAUUUCAGGUCCAAUUCCAGAAAGUUUCUCAAAUCUAUCCCAUCUCACCCAGUUGGUCCUAGAAGACAAUUCUCUUCAUGGAAGCAUUCCUUCAGGUUUAGGACGUUUGUCCUUGCUACAAAGCCUCUCACUUAGUGGGAACCAUUUGAUAGGUCAGAUUCCUCCAAGCCUAGGGAAUCUUAGAAACCUUUUCCAAAUAAACUUGGGAAGAAAUUCCCUCAAAGGUUCAAUUCCUCCAACUUUUGAAAACAUCCAUGGUUUGCAGUAUCUUGAUCUUAGCUUCAAUCAGUUGUCUGGGUUCAUUCCAGCUUUUGUAGGGCAGUUUCAGAAUAUUACCUUUAUUGACCUUUCAAAUAACCUAUUGUCAGGUCAGGUACCCAUUUCCUUGUUCAGCUUGUCCAAGCUUUCCGACUUGUCUUUAAACAAUAACCAACUUUCAGGGAAAAUUCCAGUCCAGAUUGGGAGCCUAAAAUCCCUCACCAGUCUUUCAUUGAGUGGGAAUAGGUUUUCUGGUCCUAUUCCCUUAACAAUUUCAAAAUUGCAGAACCUUUGGUACCUAAAUUUGUCAAGAAAUGGCCUCUCUGAACCUUUACCAGAAACUCUCCACAGAGGCAUUCCUUCUCUGUUGUCAAUAGACCUUUCUUACAACAAUCUAAGUUUAGGGACUGUUCCUGAUUGGAUCAGGAGUAGGCAACUUUCUGAUGUUCAUCUUGCUGGCUGUCAACUUAAAGGAACUCUUCCAAGCUUCUUAAAGCCUGAUUCUUUGAGCUCCAUUGACCUUUCCGAUAAUUAUUUCACCGGUCGGAUUUCUCACUUCUUCACCAACAUGUCAAGCUUGCAAAAGCUCAAGCUCUCAAACAACCAAUUGAGAUUUGAUCUUUCAGAAAUCAUAUUGCCAGAAGGGCUUUCAAUCUUUGAUGUACACGCGAAUCAGCUAGUGGGAUCUCUCUCGAGGAUCCUAAAUAACAGGACAAGCAAAUUUUUGGAGGUUUUAGAUGUAUCCAAUAAUCAAAUUUCAGGAGAGAUUGCAGAAUUCAGAGAAGGUUUGAGGUUGAGAGUACUCAAUAUAGGAAGCAAUCAGAUUAUUGGACACCUCCCAAGUUCAGUUUCGAACCUUAUCGAGCUCGAAAGGUUGGAUAUCUCAAGGAACAAGAUAACAGGCACCAUCCCAACGAGUGUAGGAUUACUGGUGAAACUUCAAUGGCUUGACCUGUCCAUCAACGGGCUCACAGGAAGGAUUCCAAAUAGUUUAUUGGGAAUUGGUCUGAGACAUGCAAGCUUCAGAGCAAACAGACUAUGUGGAGAAAUCCCACAAGGCAGACCACUUAAUAUCUUCCCUGUAGCUGCUUAUGCCCACAAUCUGUGCUUGUGUGGGAAGCCCUUGGCACCAUGUAAGGGAAAGAAACAAGAAGAUAUGAGCCAGUAAGAUGCUGACUCAAUUUCCCAAGGAGAUAUGCUCAAAUAGGCCUUUCCUUUUGAGACAGUCUUAUUAUUGUCCAUUUAUAAUCUUAUAUUAUUUGUUUCAAUUAUCAAUUA